CGCGCGCUGAGCGGCGGGGACGGCGCUCGGUGAAAAGGCGCCCUCGCCGGCGCGCGGGGCCGGGGUCUGAGGGCGGCGGCGCCCCUGGCUGAGCGCGCCCCGGGAACGCGCGGUUCGGCACCCGCCGGGGCGCUCCCUAGACUACUCCGUGCGUCUCCGGGUGCCAGAGCCCCGCAGGUGCCGCCUGUCCUCGCUCUCCAGCUGCAGCUGCCCGACCAUGGAGUCCCCGGUUCAGAUCUUCCGCGGGGCGCCGGGCCCCACCUGCGCCCCGAGCACCUGCCUGCUUCCCAACGGCAGCGGCUGGCUCCCGGGCUGGGCCGAGCAGGACCGCAACAGCAGCGCGGGCUCCGAGGACGCGCCGCUGGAGCCCGCGCACAUCUCCCCGGCCAUCCCGGUCAUCAUCACGGCGGUCUACUCCGUGGUGUUCGUCGUGGGCUUAGUGGGCAACUCUCUGGUCAUGUUCGUGAUCAUCCGAUACACGAAGAUGAAGACAGCAACUAACAUUUAUAUAUUUAACCUGGCUUUGGCAGAUGCUUUAGUUACUACAACCAUGCCCUUCCAGAGCACGGUCUAUCUGAUGAAUUCAUGGCCAUUUGGGGAUGUGCUGUGCAAGAUAGUCAUUUCCAUUGAUUACUAUAACAUGUUUACCAGCAUAUUCACCUUGACCAUGAUGAGUGUGGACCGAUACAUUGCUGUGUGCCACCCUGUCAAGGCUUUGGACUUCCGCACACCCUUGAAGGCAAAGAUCAUCAAUAUCUGUAUUUGGCUCCUGUCUUCAUCUGUUGGCAUAUCUGCAAUGGUCCUUGGAGGAACCAAAGUCAGGGAAGACAUGGAUGUCAUCGAGUGCUCCUUGCAGUUCCCAGAUGAUGAUUACUCCUGGUGGGACCUCUUCAUGAAGAUCUGUGUCUUCGUCUUUGCCUUUGUGAUCCCUGUCCUCAUCAUCAUUAUCUGCUACACCCUGAUGAUCCUGCGCUUAAAGAGUGUCCGACUCCUUUCUGGCUCCCGAGAGAAAGAUCGCAACCUCCGUCGGAUCACCAGGCUUGUCCUCGUGGUGGUGGCGGUCUUUAUCAUCUGUUGGACUCCCAUUCACAUUUUUAUCCUUGUGGAGGCUCUGGGGAGUACCUCCCACAGCACGGCUGCCCUCUCCAGCUAUUACUUCUGCAUCGCCUUAGGUUACACCAACAGCAGCCUGAACCCCAUUCUUUAUGCCUUUCUCGAUGAAAACUUCAAGCGGUGUUUCAGGGACUUCUGCUUUCCAAUUAAGAUGAGGAUGGAGCGACAGAGCACUAGUAGAGUCAGAAAUACGGUUCAGGAUCCUUCUUACAUGAGGGAUGUUGAUGGAAUAAAUAAGCCAGUAUGACUAGUCGUGGAGAUGUCUUAUAGUUCUGCAGGAAGAGAAGAGUUCAAUGAUCUAGGUUUAACUCAGAUUACUACUGCAGUCUGAGAUAGAAAAGGAGAAUUCUUAAGAAACAUUUAGAAAUCUCAUGGUCUGAAGUCAUAAGAUGCAGGCUGCAUUAGUGACCCAGGUCAGUGGAAGCAUCAAGGCUGUGGGAAUGGAGUAAAAAAGACCCGAGCGAGCAAAUACAACCUUUCUCUAGGACAAGGAAACAAACUUGACUCCCAACUCCUUUGAUGAUCAAAGAAACAAGCCGUUUUCUUCUGGUAACCUAGAUUUAGUUCAGGACCCAUCUGCUGUGGCUUUCCUAUGCAAUGUGGUUUGAAAAACUCUGUUUAGAAAAAAGGAAAGGGGAAAAAAAAACACGUUGAUUUCAGAGGUUAGUGGGCAUCCAAUUCAGAUGCUUAACCUUGACAGAAACAACCUCAGUAAGAAGAAGGACCAUUUCCAGGGCCCAUGCACAGCUCAGUGUAUGCUAUAUGGGCACACUUUUCAUGUGGCAAUGUGAAGAUUCCAGCUUAAGUAUGACUUGGACCCACACCUGAGGUGUUUGAUGUUCAUAGUAGAAAUUAUCUUGAUAUUUAUGAAUUUACUUAAACAUGCAAAAGAUGGUUUCCAACAUAUUUUAAUUUCUUGCGAACUAUACUUUGUUUUUUAGCAUGCUAUUCAGAUAAGUAAUCUCACGAUAAUGCGUGUCUUGAUGUUAAGAAACAUAGGGUGGUUUAAAUACCACCAAAAGUAUAUAUAGUUUCAUCUGUGAAUAACAGUAUAUGUGCAAAUAAUGAAUGGCGUUGCCUUCCAGCCAGGCAGUUUCCCUAGGGCACACUAAGGAUAUCCUCUGAGUUAUUAGAGUUGAUGCAGAGACAUUUUGCUGCAACAUAAGCUUCUCUGGGAAUCAGUCAUGGUGCCAUCUCUUUCGGACUCCCUGAGCACCAUUUAGUUCUUUAGCAGGGCUCAUAACUCAUGUGUUAAUGAAGCACAAAAUAUUUAACUCGCUUCCAGGUUGUAGCCUUGGCAGAAUCUAGUUUAUAUGCAGCAUCUCUUUAUGAAUAUAUGGCUAUUACUAGAUUCUUUCUAUUCAUGGAGGGAGGGCAUUUUGCUCAUGUAAAUCUUGAGAUGUUACUUUGUAGCUUUUAGUAGGAAGUGGAAUUGUUCCUAAUUGUGGGCGGAAUGAGGACAUUAUGUUACUCAUGGUGCUUGGACAUACCUUCCACUGGGUUCUGUGAAGAGCAUACCUGCUGAGGAUAAUGCCAUGAGCAGCACAUUUAGGGUAAUUUUGUUAAAACUUCCAGAUGACAUAUAAAUUCCCCUUCCUUUCCCCUGAAACUUAGUUUUCAGAGGUAAUGGCUUUUUCUUUCAUUUGCCUGAGCAGAAGAAAGAGAUAAUUUAGAAAUAACACUCUUCUCUUCUUUAAGCUUAUAUGUUAUUAGGGCAGCACGUUCUGGAAUUUAAUAGGAAAAUCAAAUGUAUAGACCUAUAUAACUAUAGAUAUCACUACAUCUACAAGUUCUGUUUGCUGUGUGCUUUCUCUCUUGUGUAUAUAUUCUCUCCUUUUGGAAACAAACCUUGCAUUUAAGAUUUUAUAUGUAGCUUCAGAAUUUUACUAUGAUGACAUUUAGCUAUAUUCCCGAUUUUCACGGCAUUUAACACAGACGACUUAAGUCAGCAAGGCAGGGUAACCUAACGAAAAUGAAGUGCUUUUUUGGGCAUUUCUUAAAUUUCAUUGAUUUUCUUAGGUGUCCUUGUAUUCUUAUAGCUAAAGGUAGAUAGGGAUGGCUUAAAUAUUGGUUGACAUUUCCCCCUGGGUUAAAAAACUAGAUAUCAUACAAGAGGGAUAUCUAUAUGAGAAUAGUUCUAGGAACAAACCCUACUGAAGUUGGAAAUGUAAAAACUUCUAUAUGAAACAGUAAAACCUCAGAAAUUUUCUUGAAGGAUUCUUAUGCAGUGCAAAAAUAUAACAGAGACACAAUCAUGGGACGAAAUUAUAGUAAUGUGUUCUCUUUAAAUUAGCACCCCACAUAGUCUCGUAGGAUCCAUUGCCAUUAUUGGAGUCUGAAUUUUAGCGUGAUUAUCCUGCAUCUCUUCAUAUGUAAGUUAGCAGCCCAAGGAGAUAGAGAAGUAGCUCUAAGUGCCCAUGAGGGAUGUUCCAAACUUCUCCAUUAUUGUUAACACCAAUUUCCCCAAAUUGAAAGAGAAAAGUGGAUGGGUAUGACAUUUUAGGGCACACUUUAGUGUGAUAAAAUGAAUCAUGUAUGUUAGGAAAAAUGCCACUUGCACAAAGAUGUUUCUUUGUCAGAAGUGUAUAUGUGUGCACGUGUGUGUGUGUGUGAUAGUGUGUGCAUGCAUGCAUAUGUGUGUGUGAGGGUGUGUGUGUACUGCUGUGAAGCAGUGGUCAUAUUGCCAUUCCUUCAUCGUUCCAGACAAUACAUUUGUGCAAGCCCCGCUACCUCUCAGAUAUGUCCAUCUCUUGAUGUUCCUGUUCUCCCAUCACAGCAAGGAGGGCGCUGUCUGCUGUGUCUCUGUGAGACCAGAACUGCAUGUAUCUAACCUUGAGAUCAACUCUCUACAUUAACUGCAUUUUCCCACCCUGGUAACAACUUCUGGAAGACAGGAUCUAGUGAGAGGUCAGAAAAAAUGCAGAGAAAUAAAACAGCCAUGAAGGAGGCAGCAAUGAAGAUGGAAAACCAUAAUGCUAACUGGGAGGAGAGUGGAACCACUGUUAGUGUCUCAGACUACUGUUAGGAAUCUAGGAGCAUCGCCUAUGCAAAGAUUUUAAGUCAAAACUCGAGGCUUAAAACUAAAAGAAGCAUAGUUUGGAAAGAGUUUUGAAAAAAACCAAGGAAUAUUCACAUAAAUCUUAAGAAAAUGAUCCCAUUCUAUAAUGUAUAGCUGAGAAAUAAAAGUUCUUAAAUUUGUAUAACCAUGAUCAGACCAUUUAUAGAUGUUCCAUCUAGUACUGGGUCAUAGUAAGGUGAAUAACUGGAAUAAAAGGAAUACAUUGGCUGGCUUUAAAUUAGAGCUUUUUUAAAGAGAAAACUGUGACAAGGUUGUAUGUCCAUUCAAUGAGAUUUAUUUUCUCAGCAAGAGCUGUGUGGAAGAUUCAGCAUCAAUAUGAAAAUCCCAUCCUCAAAGGGCAUAAACCUGCUUGCCCUAUGGCAGUUUUCUUCCCUGAAACAAAAGUAUAUUCAUAUAUUCUUUACUGUGUUGUAUAUUAUUUAUAUCUUGUACUUUUGGAAGGUGAUGAUUAUGCAUUGUGUCUAUGAUUGUGUGCCUUGCAACAAAAUAAAAAUUGUACCUGCUAAAAAUCGCAA